GGAGCCGGGAGCGCGGCCGGGGCGAGGGCUGCGCAGGGCGGCCGAGGGAGGGGUGGCCCCGCCGGGCUCUCCUCCCCCUUCGCCGCCGCCGCCGCCGCCGCCUGCUCGGGCCGGGCCCUGCUGCACGCCGACCGGACGCCGAGGCUACCGCGGGCCCGCUUCGCAGGCUGGGCCGGGGCCGGGAGGGGAGGGGAGGGGAGGGGAGGGGUGCCGUGCCGUGCCGUGCCGUGCCUGACCUGAGCUGACCUGCGCGAGUCCCAGCCGUGCCCGGCAGCGGCGCCCCCGGGAUGAAGCUGAAGAAGCAGGUGACGGUGUGCGGCGCGGCCAUCUUCUGCGUGGCCGUCUUCUCCCUCUACCUGAUGCUGGACCGCGUCCAGCAUGACCCCGCGCGGCCCCACAGCGGCGGCGGAGGCAAUUUCCCGCGGAGCCAGAUCUCGGUGCUUCAGAACCGCAUCGAGCAGCUGGAGCAGCUGCUGGAAGAGAACCACGAGAUCAUCGUGCACAUCAAGGACUCGGUGCUGGAGCUGACGGCCAACGCCGAGGGGCAGCCGGUGGUGCUGCCCUUCCACAUGCCCAACGGCUCCUGGAUGCUGCCCCCCGAGAGCCGCCCCAGCUUCUACUCCGUCGCCUCCCAGGACUGCCACUUUGCCCUGGGCAGCAAGGCCCCCAAGACGGACCUGCAGAUGCUGGCCGUGUCGGAGUUGCUCCCCUACGACAACCAGGAUGGCGGCGUGUGGAAGCAAGGCUUUGACAUCACCUACGACCCCAACGAGUGGGACACGGAGCAGCUGCAGGUCUUUGUGGUGCCGCAUUCCCACAACGACCCAGGCUGGAUCAAGACCUUUGACAAGUACUACUAUGACCAGACACAGCACAUCCUGAACAGCAUGGUGGUGAAGCUACAAGAGGACUCGCGGCGGCGCUUCAUCUGGUCCGAAAUCUCCUUCUUUUCCAAAUGGUGGGAUAACAUCAGUGCCCAGAAACGGGCCGCUGUCCGCAGGCUGGUGGGCAACGGGCAGCUGGAGAUGGCGACUGGAGGCUGGGUGAUGCCCGACGAAGCCAAUUCCCACUACUUUGCCAUGAUCGACCAGCUCAUUGAAGGGCACCAGUGGCUCGAGAAGAACGUCGGGGUGAUGCCGCGUUCCGGAUGGGCCGUGGAUCCCUUUGGGCACAGCUCCACAAUGCCAUAUCUGCUGCGUCGCGCAAACCUGACCAGCAUGCUCAUCCAGCGCGUCCACUAUGCCAUCAAGAAACACUUUGCAGCCACCCAGAAUUUGGAGUUUAUGUGGAGGCAGAGCUGGGAUGCCGACUCCAGCACAGACAUCCUCUGCCACAUGAUGCCCUUCUACAGCUAUGAUGUGCCCCACACGUGUGGCCCUGACCCCAAGAUCUGCCAGUUUGACUUCAAGCGACUGCCAGGGGGCCGCAUCAACUGCCCCUGGAAAGUGCCACCCAAGGCCAUCACCAGUGCCAACGUGGCUGAGAGGGCUCUGCUGCUUCUCGACCAGUACCGGAAGAAGUCCAAACUCUACCGCAGCAAAGUGCUGCUGGUGCCGCUGGGGGACGACUUCCGCUACGACAAGCCCCAGGAGUGGGACGCCCAGUUCCUCAACUACCAGCGCCUCUUCGACUACCUCAACGCUCACCCCGACCUCCACGUGCAGGCACAGUUUGGGACUCUCUCCGACUACUUCGAUGCCCUGUACAAGCGGGUAGGCAUCGUCCCAGGCAUGCGCCCACCCGGCUUCCCAGUGCUCAGUGGCGAUUUUUUCUCCUAUGCGGACCGCGAGGAUCACUACUGGACAGGGUACUACACCUCCAGGCCCUUCUACAAGAGCAUGGGUCGCGUGCUGGAGGCCCACCUCAGGAGUGCUGAGAUCUUGUACAGCUUGGCUGUGAGCCACGCCCGCCACGCCGGCAUGGACAGCAAGUAUCCGCUGUCAGACUAUGCCACGCUCACGGAUGCACGGCGCAACCUGGGCCUCUUCCAGCAUCACGACGCCAUCACUGGCACGGCCAAGGAGGCGGUGGUUGUGGACUACGGAGUCAGGCUGCUUCACUCCCUCGCGAACCUCAAACGAGUCAUCAUCAACGCCGCGCACUACCUGGUCCUGGGGGAUAAGGAAACCUACCACUAUGACUUGGCAGCGCCCUUCCUUGGCCCUGAUGAGACACGCCUCAAUCAGGACUCUUUGCCAGAGAAAACGGUCAUCAAGUUAGAUACAACGCCCAGGUUUGUGGUUGUGUUCAACCCACUGGAACAGGAGCGCCUGAGCGUCGUGUCCUUCCUGGUGAACACGCCUCGCAUCCGUGUCACCAACGAAGAGGGGCAGCCUUUGGCCGCGCAGCUCAGUGCCUGGUGGAGUUCUGCCACAGACAUGGCUCCCGACGUCUACCAGGCGUCCAUCAUGAUCCGACUGCAGCCGCUGGGUCUCGCCGUCCUGCAAGUGAGCAAGUCUUUUGACAACCACAGCACUCUCAAGUCCUCUGUGCGCCUCUUCCUGCACGGCCGUGACCUCCCUGUGCGUAAGCAGAAGGCCUUUCCGGCGCGCAUCAUCCCUGCUGCCACUGAGGACUUCUGUCUUGAGAACCAGCAGAUGCGGGCCUGCUUCCUGGGGCCCAGUGGCUUGCUCAAAAGCGUGCACUAUGCUGGGGAAGAUCAUGAGCGGCAGCUGCAGAACCAGUUCCUUGUCUAUGGGACCCGGAGCACCAAGGACAAGAGUGGGGCCUACCUCUUCCUGCCGGAUGGAGAAGCCAAGCCCUACGUACCCAAGGACCCCCCCGUCAUUCGGGUGACAGAGGGACCCUUCUUCUCAGAGGUGGCUGUCUAUUAUCAGAACAUCCAGGAGGUGGUGCGGCUCUAUAAUGUGCCAGGGGUGGAUGGGCUGUCCCUGGAGAUCUCCUGCCUGGUGGACAUCCGCGACUACGUCAACAAGGAGCUGGCGCUGCGCUUCAGCACUGACAUCGAUAGCGGGGGCACUUUUUUCACUGACCUGAACGGCUUCCAGAUUCAGCCACGACAGUACCUGAAGAAGCUACCGCUGCAGGCCAACUUCUACCCCAUGCCAGUCAUGGCUUAUAUCCAGGACCCACAGAGCCGCCUGACCCUGCAGACGGCUCAGGCCCUGGGAGUCUCCAGCCUGAGCAGUGGCCAGCUGGAGGUGAUUCUGGACCGACGCCUCAUGCAAGAUGACAACCGAGGCCUCGGACAGGGUUUGAAGGAUAACAAACGGACCUGCCACCACUUCCGUCUCCUCCUGGAACGGCGGAGCGCCACUCCGAAGAGCUCCGGCUUCUUUUCCAAAGUGGCCUCCAUGCUUAGGGACUGGGUCUAUUCCGGCAGCAAGGCCAACGGCCAAGAGGUAAAGCCUGCACAGCCCGGCACUUUCCCUUCUUUGCUCAGCCACAUGACUUCCAUGCACCUGAACACUGAGGUGCUGGUGAUGCCCGUGGCCCAGGAGAAGCCCCUGCCUCCGGCCCUGCGGUCUUUCCAGCCCUUCUCAGCCCCCAUGCCGUGCGACUUCCACCUCGUCAAUCUGCGCACGCUUCAAGGGGAGGACGAUUCGCUGCCUUCCCCGGAGACCGCUCUGAUCCUGCACCGCAAGGGCUUUGAUUGCGGCCUGGAAGCCAGGAACCUGGGCUUCAAUUGCACCACCACCCAGGGCUCGCUGUCCCUUGGUGGCCUCUUCCAAGGCCUUGAGCUGGUGUCCAUGCAGCUCUCCUCGUUGACUCUGAUGUACCCACUCGGCCCUGCUUCCUCCAACAGCACAGUCCUUCACCUGGACCCCAUGGAGAUAGCCACAGUUCGUCUUCACCUCGGGUAACGCCCCUCCGAGGCUGGCUGGAGCAUGCUGGGCUGCCAGGCGUUGCAGAAACUGGACUGGUGACAGACGUGCAGGCUGUGCUGUGGGGCCGGAGGGAGGGCGGGAGGCCUCCUGUUAUUUAUUCACCUCCUUUCAGGGAUGCUGCAUGUCAAAGGCCAGGUGCUCCGUGGGCCUGUGCAGCUCAGCCCAGCCCAGCACAUGCUGUCCAAGGGAAGGCCUCUCAUCGCGCCCUCUUCUGACCUGUCCGACGUGGCCUGUUGGCCCGGCUUGGCUGCUUCCUUGAGCAGGAAAACAAUGACGUAGCAAUCACUGGAUAGAAACUAAACGCGUUCUCAGGGAAAAAGCCCCUCUGGGGGACACGCAGCUCUCGCGGAACCCGGGUGGAACGAGCCUCCUUUCCAGGAUGCAGGGAAUGUCGCCGAUGCUGCUACAGACAGUCACACUUGACGCGGUGACAGAAACUGCUAUGUUUCAAAUGGAUCCCAAACAGCUGGAUUCCACGAGGCCUCUCUGGCUCUGGCAGACGGGGAAGACGGGAGCCGAAGCUCCGAUGGCCAGCUGUGGCCCACAAGGCCCCUGGUGAAGCCGGCGGAGAAAUGCUUCUUUAGCUCAUUCCCCACCCCCUGGGGAAGUGGACAGGCCUUCCUGGGUGAAGCCCUCGGCCCUGGGGCUUCUUCCAAACCACAAUGACUAGUAUCCCCCGAGUGCUUGUCCGCACUGCAAUGAUCAAGAGCUAAGUGCGGCUCCGAGAGGCUUAGGAUGAGCCCCCUCCCACCUGACAGCAUCUUCCUCUGGAGGGUCUCCAGCGCUCACGGUGGCUGCAUCACGGAAGCAGGGCUGUGGAACGCCCCAGGCUCCCUUCUGGCCACGGAACAGUGGUGUCCUGCCACUGGCUUCGUCGGUGGAGAUGCUGGCUGUGUGUUGUGCAAGGAGGAUGGGUGGCGAAGAAGGGGCUGCCCUCACUUGUACCUGGGCGCUAGUGGGGGGCCCAGGGAGCAGCACCCCCGCCCCUGCAGCAAAGAGCAACGCCAGAGGGGGAGGUUGCAGCUGGCCAGUGGAGGCCACUCGUGCAAGAGGACUGGUCCUCCUCCGCAAGGCAGGCGAACACUUGGCCAGGCAUGGCAGCCAAGGGCAGUCAUUGGUGGCGUGGUGCAAUAAAGGCAGUUCUCUUCUA